AUCACAGUCCAUGCUUCCUUCAAACAGUCCACAGACCCGUCAGGUCUGAGCGUCGGGGACAUUUCACGCUUUUUGAAAUCAGCUCUCAGGAUUACAGCAGCUCAUGGAUGUCAUCAGUUUCCUGUUCUGAGAAAUGUUGGUCCAGGUUAUAAUCAACAACUGAAGUAUGUGAAGCUGAAUGAGGAUGAAGGACAGUACGACUUUCUGCAAUUUAAUGUAAAAGUUAAUUGAAAGUGUCUUAAGAAGCAAGUCUGGUGGUGAUGAAGUGAUACAGGAAUACCAAGCAACAAACACCAUGAAGGAUGCCACAAGGCGACAAAUGGUUAACAUACUUGUGGCUCACAUGAUUGAUAGUCAUGGGAUGCACUUCUUUGAUGCAGCAAGUGGUGCAGGAUACAUUUCUUGGCGUCUGAAAACUGUCCAAAGAAAGAUUCGUCGUGGAUCUCCAACACCACCUAAUAGGUUGACAGACAGUUCUUCAGGUGGCCCAAAUCUCCAAAGGACUGUGAAUGUUAAACACCAGCUUGAUGGGGAUGCUUGCAAGGAGGCCAUGUCUUUGCUCAACCAUACUACAGACAACUGUGUGAUUCUCCAGAAGAUGAAGGAGACCUUUCAGCACCGUCAGAGGCUUGUUAAUGACCCAAGCAGAAGCGUGGAGCAAGACUUCACUCUCCUAUUCAAUGAUGACAGGUUGCUUCAGAAAUGGAAAACGUUCUUCAGGCCAAAUGUCAUAAAAGAGGCUAAGAAGCUCACAUCAACACCAGAGUUGCUUCACUUCAGUCAGCAGAAGGUCAUCCAGAAAAUCAUCAAGAUGAUUCUACAAAUCAGUACAUUUGAUGAAAUCUUUUCAUCUUCAGCCUUUGAACAAGAAAUGGCAUCACUGUUGGUGUUGUUACAUCUCCUUCCACCACCAGGAGGACAAAGGUCUCCAAAAAUCAGUGCAAGUGAUGCAAGACAGAGACUUGUAGUCUUUCAUAAGUUUCCUUAUGUCAACCGCAGUCAUGCUGCAGUCUGGAAGAGCAUCUCUGCAAUCAACAAGGUCGACAACCAAACCUCCUCACUGUCGGGCAUCAGAAGAGCAAGACUGGCACCUUCUACAUCACCAUGGAUGAGCAUCUCAUUCCAUGCCAGGCAGCCACUCACUCGGGGCAUUUGAUGAACUUUUCAAAGCACAUUUUGUGUUUAAUUUGUCCCAAGAUAAUAUAAAGCUGGACUUGUUAUUUGCAGUGCAGUGGAAGAAGACCUGCCUGUCUUUUGCCAAAUAAGUGAUUUACUUUUGGUUGAAGAUGACAUUUUUUUAUGGGCAACAAGUUGUUUACAGAGUGUUUUGAUAACCAUCUAUAUGCAUUCAGAGUUGUACAUACUGAGGAGAGAUGCAUAGUGAAAAUGUCAGAUCUAAAGUUUUAUAAACCUUUGAUAUGCAAAGGUCACACGAUGUUUCAGAUGAGAGAGUGCACAUUGUGCCUUCAUUCAAACAUCUUUGAAGACAAAAUGAAUGUCCUUUUGGGAAAAUGUUUUUUGUGCAAUGUAAUUCUUUCUCAGAGUUUAAUUUGAACACUUUCCAGUGUAGAAAGUCUGACACUAUAGGGAGUGAAGCCAACACUAACCAGAAGGUUAAAGAUUGUAUCUCAGCAGAGUCACUUAUCCAGUCUCUAAAGUGUUAUUUUAACUCUGUUUUGAGAAUAUGAACUCUGGCACAGUGUUAAAUAUUUUAACUAUUUCAAAAAUGUUGAUUUCACUGUAAAGAGUGUGGAGCUAUAAACCCUGAAAAAGUGUUGAAAAUGACUCUGUGGGAGUUUAUUAAACACUGGUCUUUUUGCUGUGUAUAGAGAGACGCUGCUUCUCAUUCAUGUACUCUGCAUUGUGCAUCAUGUUGAAAGUGUCCAUAUCUGUCCUUGUAACAUGAAUUAUUUCUUUUCACAAUA